UUUUUCCCUCCUUUUUGCCAGACAAGCGUUUUCUUCCCAUACCACUGAAUUACUGAAACCCCUCUCCAUCAAUUAUUAAUUCCCCCCUUUAUAUAUAAACAAUAAAAUCUCAUUUCUACACAAACUCUCUGUUACCUUUUCCAUACAAUUUUGAUUUCCUUCCUUUUUCAGUUUCAUUACGUUACGUCACUCUACUUAAAACCGAUAAAAUAAUAAUAAAAUUGGAAGUUUUCCGGUCGCCGGAGAAUGAGCAGAAUAAGGCCGGGAACAACUCGGACAAGAGUCGGAAAGUACGAAUUAGGGAAAACUCUCGGCGAAGGAAACUUUGCGAAAGUGAAAUUAGCUAAAAAUGUAGAAACUGGUGAUUUUGUCGCUCUUAAAAUUCUUAAUCGUGACCACCUUCUUCAACAUAAGAUGGUUGAACAGAUAAAGAGAGAAAUUUCGACAAUGAAGGUGAUUAAACAUCCUAACGUGGUUAAACUCUACGAGGUCAUGGCAAGCAAGACAAAGAUCUAUAUUGUCCUUGAACUAGUUGAGGGAGGCGAGCUCUUUGACUUAAUAGCCAAACAGGGCAGACUAAGGGAAGACGAAGCCAGGAAGUACUUUCACCAGCUAAUUAACGCUGUAGAUUACUGCCACAGCAGAGGUGUAUACCAUAGAGAUCUGAAGCCGGAGAAUCUACUUCUGGAUUCCUAUGGUGUUCUGAAAGUUGCCGACUUUGGAUUAAGUGCAUUUUCACAGCAAGUGAGGGAAGAUGGUCUACUUCACACUGCCUGUGGAACUCCUAAUUACGUUGCUCCAGAGGUGCUCACUGAUAAAGGUUAUGAUGGUACAGCAGCCGAUGUAUGGUCCUGUGGGGUCAUUCUCUUUGUGUUAAUGGCUGGGUACUUACCUUUUGAUGAUACAAACCUCAUUAAUUUGUACAAAAAAAUCCAAAAUGCUAAGUUUGUUUCUCCUUCAUGGCUUUCAUCUGGUGCUAAGAAGUUCAUCAAACGUAUUCUUGAUCCUAAUCCUCUGACGAGAAUCACAAUCUCUGAGAUUUUGCAAGAUGAAUGGUUUAAAAAGGAUUACCAUCCAUCGAGUUUUGCAGAGGAAGGGGAUGUAAAUCUUGAUGAUGUAGAUGCUGCUUUUAACAACUCAGAGGAAAAUCUUGUAACAGAAAGACGGGAGAAGCCUGUAUCAAUGAAUGCUUUUGAGCUUAUAUCUGGAUCACAGGGUUUUAGUCUUGACAGCCUUUUUAACAAGGAACCUGGUAUUUUAAAGCAAGAAACCCGGUUUACUUCCCAACGCCCUGCAAAUGAGAUCGUGUCUAAAAUUGAGGAAGCUGCAAAGUCUCUUGACUUUAAUGUUCGUAAGCAAAAUUACAAGAUGAAGCUACAAGGUCAUACAAGCGGAAGGAAGGGACGCCUUUCCGUGGCUACAGAGGUGUUUGAAGUUGCACCUUCUUUUCACGUAGUAGAGUUGCGGAAAAUUGGAGGCGAUACUUUGGAGUAUCACAAGUUUUUCAAGAAUUUUCAAUCUGGAUUGAAAGAUGUGGUUUGGAAAAGUGAUACAAAUGAUGAAGGGUCAAAGUGAUGAAAUCGAUAACAUAACCCUUGAUCCACCUCCAAUGGCUGGCAAUUGUUUUUUUUAAGUGUCAUUCUGGGAAGUGGUUUGAGGGAAAAUGCGUUCAUCCAUUCAAGAAAUGGAUAUCUGAUAUAGAUGUUAGAUGAUAAUAUUAAAAGUGUACGCAAUAUUAAAGUGUACGCAAUUGUUUCCAAGUGGUUGUUAACCCUCCGCCCCCCCCCCAACAGAACCAGGGGCGCGAUGUGGUGCAUCAAUUCAUGUAUGGCUGUCUCAUUUGUAUUACGAACAAACUGUGUCUUGACGGCUUAAUUGAACUUUUAUUUGUGUUUCUUGAAGGAAGGAGGUUUAAGCUCCUAUCAAUGAUCAAAUCUUUGUGCCAA